CCUCUGUACCUAUGUAGAUACUUAAGUACGUAGGUACCUACGAAGUACAACUUUUAUCAAUAAGUCACGUGGUUAUAUUAUGUAGCAUGUUGGAAUUGCUUGAUUGCUGACUGGAUGGAAGCUCCAUUACGAAAUAACGGAGAUUGGAGAUUCAACCGCAUGCGACAGUGUUGAACCACCGCAACUUAGAGCUCUCUUCCUAACCACUAAUUAAUCGCGGAUUGAAUCCUUCGUAACCAAAAUGCCGACCCCCGAAUCCGAAGCUUUCCUGGCGAAGAAGCCGACCGUCCCUCCCACCUUCGACGGUGUUGACUACGACGACAACAAGCGAUUGAAGCAGGCGCAAGAUGCCAUCAUCCGAGAGCAGUGGGUGCAGGUCAUGAUGGGACGAUUGAUCCGAGAGGAGCUGGGCAAAUGCUAUUACCGAGAGGGUGUUAACCACCUGGAGAAGUGCGGUGCUCUACGAGAGAAAUACCUCCAGAUGCUCAAGGACCACCGGGUACGGGGUUACCUAUUCGAACAACAGAACUACAUCUCGAAGACUUCGUAGACGGAGAAAAAGAAAGGCAAGAUGAGUUCUACGGUUAUCAAUGGCAUAAAUUACAUUGUGAUGAGAAUGCAUGGGGUACGAGGACUGCUUUGAACAGAGCUCUUUACAUGAAGGUGUAUCCGGUGCGAUGCGGUCACUUGUCCGUCCGCGGUAACCCGUGUAUUGUACAUACCUAUUCAGCAGCAAUCUCAAUGUGAAAACGACAUAAAUCCCGCCCAAUGAUGUAAAAAGCAAGGAACUCAGUUACUUGCACUUAAGAUAUCUACCUACCUAAUUAGCUCAUACCUGUAAAGCGGCAGAGCGGUUGUUAAUUGAGGUUCUUAUCCCUAUCAUAACCGGGUCCGUAGCCACCUGCUCCAAUUGCCAAUUGCCAAUUGCCAUCGGCGAAAACUAACCUAAAGCUCCGACCCUUACAAAAUUUCUGGAGCUUCGAUAAUUCGUACUCUAA